CUCUCCUCAUGACUAUCAGAAAACAUGAAUAUAUACAGUCUACAUUAGCAGAUGGAACAUGGAAAACCAUUGGAGUGUGGAUGCAUCUUAGGCUGGCAUCCCACCAUUCAGUUUAUCCGGCAUGGCUCCAAAGCUGUCACACGUCACUGGAAGGCAAUGCACAUUGUGAGGGAGAAGCUGAUGGCAGUGACAAAAUACAUCCCACCCAAACCACCCAUCCCGGUGGAGUGCAUGAAGCCUCUUGUCAAACCGGUCAUAGAGGAAAAUGGCUUUACAAAGAUUUUGCGUCGGCAAGUGGAGCAAACAUUCCGUGAGAACAAUAUGAUUGCAGUGUGCCAGUAUAACUAUGCUCCCGGGAGUGACAUUGUACUCAUGAGGCACCGGCUACGGAAGUACAACAUUCAUGCCAAAUUCUUCCCCAACGAGAUCAUUAUACCUUUUCUUUUGGAAUCCAAAUACAAGAAUCUCCUCCCUCUCUUUGUGGGACGCAACCUUAUAUUGGUGAGCCCAGAAACCAGGGCAAAGGAGAUGCUGCGGGUCCUGAAAAGUAUCCCACAGAUUAAUCUCCUGGGUGCCUGCAUUGACAACACCAUCCUGAGCAAGGAAGGCGUCGCCAACUAUGCCAAGCUGCCUUCCAUGGUGGCCGCCCAAGGGGAAGUGGUGGGUGCCCUCUCUCUCCUGACCUCCCAGACCAGCACACUUCUGCAGCGCGGCCCUGCUCAUUUGACUUCCUUGCUGGAACAGUAUGUUAAACAGCAGAGCAGUGAAGAGGUGAAACAGGGGGAUGGCUCCUGAGAAGUCAGAAGCCUUUUAACGAAUUCCUUGCAGCUCUCAUUCAUCUAGGACAUCAGUUGGUUGGGCAGUCAUUGUUUGGGUUGGGCAGGCUUAGCUGAUGGAACUGACUGAAUCCUGUGAAUCGAGUGGAUUAAGAGGGAGGAAAAUGAGAGGUAGUUUGUGGACAAGUGAGAUACUGGAAGACAGAUUGCCCUGUGAUCGAUAUUUGAUUUAUAUAACACGUGUGACACCAAUCCACCAAAUCAAGUAACCAGAGUUUGUUAGUAAUACCACAAUGACAGAAGAAUUAAGAAAUUUGGGAAAUGGAGAAGGCAUCAUCACUCAUUGCUCAGCGUUGUGGUAUAGUGUCUGAAACGAUAAUGCCUUGUGAAUUAUAGCUGCUGACCUUAAUAUUAUUACAUUUUCCAAAGGAUCCUAUUGUCUGUAUUAUGUUAGGCAAUUGGGGAAUAAGUUAAACAGAAUCCUGCAGCUUUUGCACCCCAAAUGUGAAUUCGAGCUAAAUAAACAUACAUUUUUCACAAUA